AUGGUUUUAUUUAGUAUUGUUUUUGGUCCUGGUGUGGCGAUUGUGGGUACUUUGCAUUCCAUUCUACAUGUGAACCUUUGGGCCAUGCAAUGGCUUCGGAAUAGUUGCAUGUCGACGAAGCGGCGUCUCGCAGUGAAAAUCAGUAGGCUAGAAGACUUCCCCCCUCUCAUGCACCCUGUGUCCAGCAACCAAUACAUCGAUAAUACCUUACAUCCGCGGGAUCUAGGUCAUCUAGGAUUUUGGAUAAACGAUUUGCCUUGGGCAGGCGGGAAACUCUUUGUACUUUUCAGCUGGACGGUCAUUAAAUGUUUAACGUCGUUCAUACCCAUCGUAGGCUUGUUCGCUGUGGGGUUCCUAGAGUCUUCCACCACCGGUUGGCAAUAUUGUGACUCACUUCGUCCAGGGGUCGGUUACUACGAGGACUUUGCUAAAUUCAAAUUGUUUGGUCUUUGCUCAGGAAUGCUCGAUAUGAUUCCUAUUGUCUCUGGACUAACCUUCACGACCAAUUCAAUAGGAUGUGGUCUAAUGAUGAAGCACGAAUAUUGA